AUGCAGGAACUACAACUUAAACAACUUGACUCUAAAAAGGGUGCAGGUGAGAAGAUCAACAAGGGUCUUGGAAAGAGCCCCGUCAAGGAGAUCGUUGACGAAGCAGUUGCUUCGAAAGCAAAAAUCGAAAAGCAUCAACAAGUUGCAGUUGCAAAAAAACCUGAAAGAUACGACCGGACGUACUACCUCGAAUAUCUUGGCGAUGGAACAUACUGCACAGGCGAUGGCGAAUACAGGGACGAGAGCUCGUUCACCGAUGCGAAAGCGGCCUUUGCCUUUCUCGAUACUAAAAUAGUCGAUGAAUACGACUACGAUG